GGCGGCCAGCUGGACGGCAGCCAAAAAUUUGCAAACUUUGUACAGAGCGUCCCGGUUGUCACACAGAGAGCAAAUUUCGGAAGUAAUCGGCGUUGUUGGUCUGGUGCUGAACGAGAGGCGAUUCCACGAAAUCAAAAUGAAGACCGGGGUGCUUUUGCUCUGUUUCCUGUUGCCCUUUGUUUCAUCCAAAGCGAGUCCAAAACAGCUGAAAUGCCUUGUUUGUCGGGCGCUUGUGAAAGAAAUUGACAGCGAAAUAAAAAAAGCGAAUCCAGAACACACGAUCGAAGUUGGGAGCUACAGACUAGACUCGAAAGGCGACAAAAAACAGAGAAAGAUCCAAUACGCCCGAUCAGAGCUGCACAUGAGUGAGGUUCUGGAUAACGUCUGCAAGAAGUUUGAGGACUACGUGCAAGGUGCUUACAAAUCAAACAAGCAACCGACGAUUUUCAGAAUCAUCACCGAAAAGGGCACGAUGAACCCAAUCAUGAAUGAGGUUGAUAUCGUUCCGGACCCUGACUUGAACAAGGGGCUCAAAUAUUAUUGUGAGACAAUUGUUGAGGAGCACGAUGAAGAUAUUCUGCGACUUUUCACGGCAGAAGCCGAAGAUUUGGAGUUGCAGCUGUGCUCUGAGCAUGUGAAGGCCUGCGAACAAGGACUUUUGGACACAUAUGAGCCUGAAGCUGGACAUGAAGAGUUGUGAUAAAAAUCAGGUGAUGCGAAACUGAACAAAACAUUCCAACGAGUUUGAAGGGAAAGAAGUGUUGUUAUUUAAAUUUAUCUGUUGUUUGCUUUUGAACCAGGAUUUUAAAAAAAUUCUGUCAAGAGAUGAUACUAGUAGGCUGACGCGAUUUCAAACUUUAUUGCAAAUGCGUCCAUUACACGUUUUUUAAAAAUAUAUUUUUUGAUGUGUUCAUAUAA